AUGGGUAAAAUUCCGUACAUGAAGCUCAAAGGAAGCCAGAACCUAAGGCUACGGCUCGUCCUGUCGACGCUGUCCACCACGCCGAUCCUAAUCGAGGACAUACGCGCGGACGCCACAUGGCCCGGCCUCCGCCCGCACGAGAUUUCGCUCCUUCGCCUCCUGGAGAAGGUCUCCGACGACUGCGUUGUGGAAAUCAACGAAACUGGCACAAAACUCAAGUACAAACCUGGUAUUGUUAUCGGUGGGAGGCAUAUAGUCCAUGAUUGUGGCACGAGCCGAGCCAUCGGCUAUUUCUUGGAGCCGUUGAUCGUGUUAGGAUUUUUCGGGAAGAAGCCCUUGAGUAUCAGGCUUAAAGGUAUUACAAAUGACGCCAAGGACCCAUCUGUUGAUACGUUUCGCUCGACUACCUUGCCCAUGUUGAAGCAGUUUGGAGUACCUUCAGAAGGACUCGACCUGAAAAUUGAAAGUCGUGGUGUACCUCCUCAUGGCGGUGGAGAAGUUCUCCUUUCGGUCCCAAUUGUGCAAGAAAGUUUGAAAGCAAUUACAUGGAUUGAUGAGGGCAUGGUUAAGAGGAUCCGAGGGGUCAGCUUCUCGACUAAAGUGUCUGUGCAGUUUGAGAACACAAUGAUACAUGCUGCUCGUGGUAUUUUCAAUCAUUUUCUCCCGGACGUUCACAUAUUCACUGACCAUAAAGCUGGACAGCAAGCUGGAAAUUCACCUGGUUAUGGGAUCUCACUUGUUGCCGAAACCACAUCGGGUUGCUUUAUCUCAGCUGACACAGCAGUUUCGUAUGGACGGGCCGAAGAUGAGGAUGAGCUGGAGGAUGAGAAGAAAGAAUUGAGUCCACCUGGCGACAUUGGUGAAAAUAUCGCAUCUGCACUGUUGGGUGAGAUUGAACAAGGGGGAGUGGUGGAUUCGACUCACCAGGGCUUAUUGUUCCUUCUUUGUGCAUUGUGCCCUCAAGAUGUUUCUAAGGUUCGUGUCGGGAAGCUUUCGCCAUAUGGGAUUGAAGUCCUCAGGCACAUCAGGGACUUUCUGGGCGUUAAGUUUGUGAUAAAACCGGAUCCUUUGACAGAGACUGUUAUUCUUAAAUGCGUCGGGUGUGGAUUGAAGAACUUGUCGAGGAAAGUUUCAUGA